AUGGGAGCCAUCGGAACACGACCGCGUCUGCUACCGACACUUUAUCACUGGCAAGAAACUCCCUCAAAACACGCAAGAAUAUGCUCGGAGCACUUUGUGUCAGGCAAACCAUCAGACCUAUUUGACCAAAACAAUCCAGACUGGGCACCUUCCCUCAAGUUGGCCGGAUGUUUGACUCCAAGGAAAUCGGAAAGCAACUUGAAAAAAGCCACAGGCAGCACAAACAGAUUUAUACGGGCAAAAAAGAGGAAGGCAUCUAAAGCAAAACAUGCUGCUGCAAGUCCGCUUUUGGAGCUGCAUGCUACCACCGUAAGCGAUAUUGAAGUGGAAAAUGUCGCCGAUGUUGCUGCAGGACCCAACUGUUCUUUUCGCAAACUUGGGAAAAUGGAUCCACCAACAUGUAAACCAAAACGCGCAGAUCAUCUUAAAACAUUUACACCUGAUGCUCAAGGUCCGUCAGAUGCCUCUCAGCAUGACAGAAUAAAAACUGAACUCAGACUGGAGAGCCCUGAGAGUGCUCAUCUCUUCGAGGAGAACGUGACCCAGAGCGACCACUGGCUUCAACUUCAUACUGGACUUCCAUCUCUGGAUAUGUUUUCAUUUCUUCUGUCAUAUGUAAACGGCGUCCUGCCAACAAGCACAGUCAUGUCAUUAUUUAGUGGUAGGACGUCUGACGGAGUGAUGACACGUUUGAGUGGGUUCCUUGACAAGCUGCAGUCUGGAGACCAGGUGAUGUCAAACCAAAGCUUCCUGAUCACGGAGGAGUUGGCCAAUCACGGAGCGACUCUCAUCAUUCCUGCCUUUUCACCAGAACCGCUCAGCAGCAGCGACGUGGAUCAGAUCCGUGUACGGAUUCAAGUGGAGAAAGCGAUAGAGAGGUUAAAAAGCUUCCGCAUAUUAAGAGCUAGUGACAAGGCGGCCAAACAGAAGGGCUCGGAAGAGUGUGUGGCACAGAGGAGCAGAUGA